AUGACUUUAAUUAUAUUUAUGACACCCCAAUGGACUUGUGAUAUAAACGAUCAGCUUUUAUUCUCAGUCAUAAUGGUUUAUGAAAAAUUUACAACUCCUGUUUUCAACUCUGACCUCUACAAUAGCACAUUUACAUGUCACGAUUCACUAACAUGCGAACAACGCUAUUUUAUGAACAAUCAUCAUCAAAAUAACUCGAUUAAUACACCAACACCAACAUCAACAUCAUCAACACCCAAUAAUGUAUUUAUUAGCUCGUUAUACUCUGAUAGUUAUUUACCGGGCAUUUUAUUAUUGGGAUAUACAAUUAAAAAGCAUCAUCCAAAUCACAAAAUGUAUUUAAUUUUUUUCCCUGAUAAAUUGUCAGAGAAUACGAUUUGCCAAGUGAAGAAAAUUGGUUGGAUACCAAAAAUUGUAGAGAGAAUUCCUCCACCAUGGGAAGGUGUUCAUUUUACUUUUGUAGAUCAGUUUACAAAAUUACAAAUGUGGUCGUUCACCGAAUAUGAUUCUUUGAUUUACAUUGAUGGCGAUGCGAUUUUAACAAACAAAAUUGACCAUUUAUUCGAAUUGGUUAAUGGUAAAACUGGGUUCGAAUUUGCUGCUGCUCCUGAUGUCUGGAAUGGAAGAACAACCGUCAACUUUAAUGCUGGAUUAAUGUUGAUAAAACCAAAUGAAGCGGUCUUCAAAGAAAUAAUGAGAGUACAUAAGAUACGUGGAACAUAUGAUAUAGAUUUUGCUGAGCAAGCAUUCCUAAAUGAAUAUUUCAGAUUCAGAGGUUUGCAAUUGCCACAAAUAUAUAAUACUAAUAUAUCAAUGAUGAAUGCGUAUCCACAUUUAUGGAAGAUGUUAUUGAAUGACAUGAAAGUUGUACAUUACACUUCACGAAAACCAUUCAUCAAACCAAAUCCAGGAAUAUUCAAAGAACCUUAUGAUCUAUGGAAUCAAUUAUAUCAAGAAAUGGAUGCUAAUAUAAAUUUAAAAAGAAUAGAAAAAGAUUGUCGUGUUGUUAACAAUUAUUUUUGA